AUGAUUAAGUCUCAAUAUAAAUUACGUCAAUUAGUUCAAAAGACAAUAUUAGGCCAGAGCUAACAAUCAAAUUUACAUCUUCAGAGAUUAGCUCAGGUCUAAACUUUACUAAGUUAUCAGAGACGUUUCUUGGUUGGAAUGGGUCACCCUCCAGCUUAGGGCAAGAUGUUCUUUUUUUAGAUCGGAGAUUAAAAGGUCAAGGUUCUCGGAAGAGAUGACGAAUGCGUGCUAGAAGUGGCUCACAAUUACAAACUAGAGGAUCACCUGCAAGGUAUCUGCGCAAAAUGUGUGGUAUGCGCCACUUGCCACGUGUACAUUCCAGACGACUUGGUUGAGAAGAUUCCUCAGCCAGAUGAUAUGGAGACCGAGACACUGGAGGACUAGGUCUAAGAUUUCUUGCUUAAGGACACUUCCAGGUUAGGGUGUCAAGUGAGAGUGUCUGAUAUCUACGAGGGCUGCAUCAUUACCAUGCCCUAUUCGUCAUUUAUGGGCAAAACUAUCUACAAUGAAGACUACAGUGAGGUCAAGAGUAACCAUUCAACUAAGUUAAUGAAUGACGAGGACUCAAACGAUUUGUAAAAUUAAGAAAACGAGGAUGAUCAUCAGUCACAUCGUGAAGGCGAAAGUGUGCCCAUUAAGAUUUAGCACAGCUGA